GAGAUGGAAGGAGGUGGAUGCAAUGAGAGGUCCAGUGCUCCAUUGUUACCUAGGUUAGAUCGCCUCGAUGUUCUGAUGAACUACGUAGAGAAGAAAAGCAAUUUACCAAGACGGAACAAUCACAUGACGUCUCCCUUCGAGAGACGAUGCAUUCCCUUGGAUGUGGCCCUGAGCGAAGCCCGUAGUAGAGGAUCCUUAUUGGAUCGGGUCGCUUUGCUUGAGCAUCGUUUGAUCCAGCUAACCUUAGAGAUGGAAUCAAACAGUGAUUCGAGCUGUUCGACACUAUAUACUUGUCAAAGCUCAUCAACUAAUAGGCAACAUGCAGACGAUGACUUCCAUAGAUUUGAUGGGAGAAGCAUUGACCACCUCAGUGACAAUCAACAUCAAGUAAGAAAACAUAACCAUAAUCCACAGGUUAAUGGGGAGCAAAGGGUGAAAAGUUCAGUGAAGAAGAAUUAUCCUCUGGAUGCGCGAGAAUCAUUGUUAACCACAUCAAAGAGUAAGACCAAGAACAAAUCUAGAAAGAGUUGCCGCUGCAAGAGAUUACUAGGCUGCUAAAUUUUAUGUUGAAUGGGUUAAUUUAGCUUCUUCUACUUUGUUGGUUUGUGAUCUUUAUAGUUCCUCACUUGACAGAGCAUAUGAAAUAAACAUUGUAUUUGUUAAUUAAUUGAGAAGCUGUUUCUCACAUGUAAGAGCUUGAUUCUAUGUGGAAGAUCAAAAGAGUUCAAAG